AUGGUCAAAUAUUUGGUUUUUACAGAAGCCCAGAGGCAACAGCAUAAAACUACUUUUGUAUUUUACAUUUUUGUAUUUUACAUAUUUGUGUUAAAUAUAUUCGCUGCGGAGGAUAGUUGUGACUCGCAUGUCGAUUGUGUUGACUUGUCUUCAGUCGGAUACUGUUGUCGAGAUUACAGCCGGAAUAGCAGUCGAAGUUGUACGAAUAUCUCCUCAUGUUUGGACCGUUUCUGUAGAUCAAAUAAUGAGUGUGUUUAUAGCUCAGACGAGUGUUGUUUGUCCAACAAAUGUAUAAAAUGUUCUUUUUGUAAAGAGAAUUAUGACUGUGGUUCACGUUCUCAUCAGUACUGCUGUAAGACAAAUUUGUAUGGUCAUGGUGGUAGAUGUGAUUUCACUUGUAUAGGAAAGCCUUGCAGUAAUCUGUUGUCAUGUGGAGCACCUGGGGAAUGCUGUCGUUCAGGAGAAUGCGCCAAAUGUUCUGAUCCUGGAUGUAGAUUUAAUUCUGAGUGUACAUCAGGACAGUACUGUUGCAGGCAAGGUGAAUAUUAUUUCAAACAACGCCAUUGUAAUUCAAGUUGCAUAGGUGAAUCAUGUAAUUACCAUAGUGACUGUGGUGGAAAGAGGGAGUGUUGCCAAUCUAAUAAAUGUGUCAAGUGUCCUUACACAGUGUGUAAAUAUAAUGGUGACUGCAGUAUUGGACAAUACUGUUGUGGAAGAGAUUUAUAUUCCUUGAAUUUGAAAGGUAUUUGUAAUGAAAGUUGUUUGGGGAAAUUCUGUAGCAGCAGUAGAGACUGUGGUUCACCAGGUGUAUGUUGUCAUUCAGGAAUUUGCACAGAAUAUGGCUGUCAUUGCUCAUCAAAUUACCAUUGCAGUAAUGGACACUACUGUUGCACAGGCACCUGGUAUGGUCAAUGUAGGUCCAGCUGUGUUGGAGAAACUUGUAUGGUAAAUCAUGACUGUGGAGGAUCAAGUAAGGAAUGGUGUAGACGUGGAGUAUGUGCAAGAGGCCAAUGUGAUUCCCAUUUCCACUGUGAUAAGCUGGAAUUUUCUUGUUGCAAGAAGCAGUUUUCAAAUGAAUCAAGCGAGUGUAAAGAACAUUGUAUCAAUGAAUCUUGUAGCUCAGACAAUGACUGUGCUAGAUCAAAUGAAUGUUGUGGCGCAAAUCAUAAGUGUACAUUAGAUUGUGAGAAAAGUUUUCCUGUAUGGAUAAUCUUGGUAACAACGAUAGUUGUGUUUCUUUUUGGAAUUGUUGCCUUUUUCAUCAUGUAUUGUCGUAACAAACCAAUUAUGCACCAGAGAACACAACAACUACCUUCUCAAGGUUGUGUGGAAAUGGUCCCAGCUGACAGUGCCAACACUACAGUACACAAUAAUGCAGUUCCAAACAUUCCUCCUCCAUAUUCUGCCAAUGAUGAAACUUUUGUAUUAGUUCAAAAUAUUCCUCCUCCUCCCUAUGCUACCAAUGACGAAACUAUUCUAUCUGAGCUUGAGCAGGAUUUACCCCCAAAUUACCAGUUGAUCUGA